AUGUCUACAGGCAUGAUUGCCAUUAGGACUAUCCAGGCCAGGGAUGUUAAAGAGAUGCUUCAUCUCCUUCAACAUAUCCAGCAUCACAAUAUUCUCUCCUCACAGAAUUGUUUUGUGUACGAUGGUUCCAUCUUUACUCUCCACGAAAAUAUCGCCAUCUCGCUGAGCCACAUUGUUGGCUGUGAGGCUUAUCCGGAUGAGAUUCUUAAUGGUCUUCUAUAUCUGACAGACUGGCGGCUGGAACACUCGCGCCUGAGCUCUUCCGACAUUCUUGUUACUGAGGAGGGGGAGGUAAAAGUUGAUACGUAUAACUCCGGUUUCAAAGAAUGGGUAGACCUCCCGGCCACUCAGACUCCCCAGAACUCCAAGCCACUGGGUGCGAUUACGAUGCAGUUGAUGCAGAAAUACGAAAAGGAGCAUGAUAUUGCUGGUGUGGAUGAUGGCCGUGUGACUCGUGCUACCGAAUUUCUAUCAUCUAUUGCGUCGAACAUCCCACUCAAAACAUGGCGUAAAGUGAGUCACAGCACUGCAUGA